CCGCCCCGGCUGGGCCCCCUCAGCCACCCGCUGCCCACCUCGGGCGGGGGACUCCGAGGCCUGGCCCCCUGCCCUUGCCGGGGGAGGUUCGUGCCCCGCAGCGCCCCCUUCCCUGGGCCCGCCCCGCGGGGUCCGUCGCUCCGAGCCUGGGGCUCUCGCGGGCGCUGGGAAAGUUUCCCCCGCCCCCGACCUACCUGCCCCCGGGCACGGGCCGUCCCGAGAGCCCCCGCUCGGCGCGAGGCUCGACACAGGCCAGUCCCACCCCGGGAGCGCCCCGGGGCCACAAAGGGGAGAGCGGGGGCGCGCCGGGGGAGCUGAGCCCGGGGAGCGCGCGUGCGCGGGCUGAGAAAACGACGGGGAGCCCCUGGCGGGAGCGCGCGGCGUCUCCACCCGAGACAAGAGACCAACAAGAAAGGAUGAAAUCAACAGACCUGUGCCUUAGCUCUCGAGGGGCUGAAGUUGUUCUAGCCACAUCAAGUGAUGAAAAAUACCCCCCUGAAAACAUCAUUGAUGGAAAUUCAGAAACGUUUUGGACAACAACAGGAAUGUUCCCCCAGGAAUUCGUUAUUAGUUUUCAUAAAUGUGUAAAAAUCAGUAAACUCACAAUCCAGUGUUACUUAGUGCGGAGUUUGAGGAUUGAGAAAAGCUUAUCUAAAGAUCCAGCAGAUUUUGAAGUGUGUACUGAAAAAGAUUUACAAUACACAGAAGGGGCGCUUCAAACGGAAGAAUUUUCUCUUCCUGAAUUCCAAGCUACCUACUUGCGAUUCAUCAUCAAAUCUGCCUUUGAUCAUUUUGUUUCAGUGCACACAGUGAUGGCAGAAGGAGUAGCAGAAAAUCUUUAAGACCAAAUUUAAAGAAUUGCCUCAAAUUAUUUUGUAAUAUUUGUAGCAUAAAGGAUAUAUUUAUUAUUCAAACAUUAUAUUAAAAUGGAUUUUUGAAAUAUGGCUCCAGAAUGUCGCGUCCCUCCCUCCCCCCAGCCAUUUAAUGUGUAAUGCAGUACAACUAUUAACUCUGGUAAUACGUUUGUAGUUUUCCAAUGUAGAGUACAAAUGUUGAAGAAUUACUUUUUGCUUAACCAUUAACAUAUGAGUAUAAUGGAUUCCACUUCUGAAUUGCAAUAUGUUGAGAUUAAAAGGCUAUUUACCAUACAUUGUUUUAAAAUGCCACUGAAUAUUUGUUUCUCUGUAAAAUAUUUCCCUCACAGAAAAAAUAAGUCUGAAAUAGUCAAAUUUGAGGCCAUUCCCCCAACCCUAAAAUAAGUCCUUCCAAAAUUCAUUAGCUUGUAGUACUCCUGAUCAGCUGAGAACCCUAGGUAAGAAAAGAGGAUGAUUAUAACUUCUAUUGAAAUAUUUAAAUACCAAGCUGAAGCCACUCGAGAUGGUUUAAUAUAUUUUAAUUGCUCCUAUUUAGCUCAUUGCCUCUAUAAAUAUUUUCACAAAUCAGGUCACAGCUGCCUGUGCUUUAUGCUAUGACUGUCAUAAACAAAUAUUAAUAGAACCAAUGCUGAUGUACAUCAAUACAAAUUGUUUCAUUCAUUAAACUUGCUGAAGUGCGUGCAAGUGAACAUUUAGAAAAGCUGCCGGUAGAUAAUAGAAACUGCCUCUCUUUUUUAAAAGAGGGAUCAGUGUGCAAUCAUUUGUUUUGUUUGCUAAUACCCUACUCCAACAUUCAUCCAAGCCAUUUGUACGUCUUUUAAUUACUAAUAUUUAUUUUAUAGAUUUCAGUUUCAAAAAGUACUUCAGUGACUAGUUAUAACAUGUUCCAUUGCUGUAUCUGUGAUACUGAACAUUAUCUGAAUACACCAGGAUGUAUUACGGGUAAGGUUUCACUGACCAGGCCCGGUUUCAAAACUCAAGGGGAUUAAUCUUGCAGUCCUAAAGCAGGCAAAAAACUGCCAUUAAUCUCAGUGGGAAUUUUACCUUUAUCAGAACUGAAGGAUUGGGCACUAAAUGAUAGGUGCGUUCAGUGGAAUAAAAUAUAUUUGUCUUUCCACUCACUAGUUCAUAUUUUAAUUACAAGAAAUCUUGAGCUAAUCAAAGUGUAGUGAAUAUAGACACAAUUUAUUUUCAUUAUAUCAGAUGCUACCUAAACUAUUAAGAAUGGGCGUAUGAAAGCCAUUACACAUUCGGAAUAAUAUCCAGGAUUUUUUUUAGAGACGAGUAGUUUCACUGUAU